AUGUCAGGCCUUCUUUUCCCUCCUACGGGAGCCGGUGAUGGUGGAGAGACAAGCAGCUCUAAUAUUAAACCCUCAGAGAAUGGUGCUGGUUCACCGCCCAAACCUAGAAAAUCCUCAGACCGGAGGAUGGUUUUUGGAACACCAACCUCGCAGCUUUCCAGCACUACAGAUUUACCCAGCCAGACCAAAACAGACGAAAUCAGGCCCAAUGCCGGUGCUUAUUUGGGCAUGACACCUGUGAGGGAUUCUGUUGGAAACUUGUUACAACAGCAGCAACACCGUGGGGAGGGUACUCGCUUUUCUGAAGAUGUUCAGCGGUAUCCGCCGCCGGGUCACGAAAGUGCUCAGCCGGAUGAGAGAGAUAGAGAGGGGGAAGGGAGGACAAAGCAUCGAUGGAAUUCUGCUCGAUCCAAGCUUGGGAAUGUUUUGUCAGUCAGACACAAUAUUCGAGACACUCUGUCUUCAAGAAGCAGACAGAAUAGCGUCAUGCCCAAAGUCGACCAUCUGAUGAAUGAACUUAACUCAAGGGAACCUUUAUCCAGAGACAACCUCAAUACGUCCUCCCAUCAGGGCACAGGUCAUCAUUCCCCAGCUCCUCCACACCCGACUGCUGCCACAUCUUUGGCAAGCACAGCUCUACCACACGCCCCGGAAACAUCAUCUGGGAGUACAGCCAAACACUCCAGUCCCUCGCGAUUCUCGAGCAAAUUGGCAUCAUGGAGACAUCAUCACCGGAAAGGGCGAGGUAGAGAGUCGUUAGAAGAGGGACACGAAGGCAUCGAGGUUACGGCCGCAGCUGAACAGCUUAGAUCAUCUUCCUCACCUCCUACCCAGAGAUUUAGGACCCGAGUCAAUCGAUUUUUACGGUCUGGAAAACAUCACGCAAGCUCAACGGCAUCACCAGCUUCUAGCGCUGCUGCUGCUGCAGGCUCUGAGCCUAGGCACCCAGAAUCGCUAUCCACCCGCACUCCCGCUCAUACGCCCCCGUAUCUUUCCUCAGGACAGUCGUCUACAGCUCAUGGAUCCAGCCAUGGAUCCGGGUUUAGGGAAGCUAUGCGCAGAGGGGUUGCUUCCGCACGUAGGAGGGUAUCGGUGCCAUUUUUAUCAGUACCUCUAGCUUCUAAUGAUGUGUCUGAUACAGGGACCAUUGAAAACGAACCCCCGGAAAGACCACAAACUGUCCCGCUAGAAAGGCGUAACGAGAGCAACGGGGCUUGGAUUAGUCCUGGCGGAUCUGCGUUUGCACUCAAUAGCAAACCAGGACACGAUUUCCUUCCAUCCGAGGCAACAAAUGUGGAGCCAAACUAUGCCGCCCCACCAAAGGUCACCGAAAAUCCCGCUCCGCAUGAGUGGCAAGAGAGAGAUUUUGAACAGGUUCCCAUGAUACAGUGCCCUCCCCCUUUGUCCCCCCCAGGAAUGGAAGAGUCGCCGCCGAUCUCUCCGUGGAUAAAGGCAUCAGAUGGAACAAAGGAAUGGUUGAAGUUGACCCCCGAGGAAACUCCCUUCUUUCUACCGGAGAUCGACCCAAUAGCCCCGCUUUCAGCUGGAGAAAUGCUGAAUCGGGAGUAUUCUAUGACCCCGGAACGCUCCAAUGGUGGGCAGAAUCUGUCGGACAUUUAUUGGGCGGUAGGGCAGGGCUCGAGUUCGAACAGACUUGACGAAGGGCAGGCUAUCGACAAAGGAAAAGGAAAGGCUGUGAUGAGCGAUACUGACCGCCUUGAGCCCCCGGGGAAUAGUCGUUUUUAUGACACAAGUGGAAAGUCGAUAGAGGUUCUAGAAGAGGAGAAGAGAAGAAAAAGCAGGGAUACUGGCAUCAUGGGUCUUGAUCCGGAAGUGAAUCACCGAAGUGAUGCCCCCUCCGGCUCGGGCUCUAGAGUGGAAGAUGAAGACGGUGAGUUUACCUAUGCUUCUGCGGUUCGUGAAAUCGCAGGGCUAGAUAGAUACCCUAAACGUCCCUCUCAUGAUGAUGAUGCCAAUUUGGAUGAUGUGAGUGUGCCCGAGUGUGAUUAUGAUUUUCCACUCCCGAGUUUCCGCUUUAGUAUGCUAGCAGAGCCAUCACCAUCAUCUAACGAGCCGGACGCGAGUCCCUGCACAGCUUCGUCGAGCUCAACAGAACAGCCAUCCGGCUCAACGCCAACGUUUCCAUGUCUAGCCUCGACACACAUGCAGGCGGCCACCACCACCACCACCGCCUCUACCGCCACAACAACACGCACCACGACCGCCAGCAGCACCAACCCUUCUGCUUCUUCUUCUGUCUCCCCUCCUAAUAUUUCUCCCUGCCAGUACCAGAUGUUAUUGAGCUCGAAGAGACCUUAUCUAUUUGUGUUGCAGGAACUUUCUUCAGGAACAUAUGUUAAGAUUACGCCGCAAAGUAGUUCAAGCCCUGUUUCUAGGAGCAUGAGCACUGUGUCUCGGAGCUAUCCUGAGACACCAGCAGCGAGUCAGACGAGUCCUGGACCUGCAAGGAGUCCGGUCAGUGUGAGGUUUCUCAAUACCAAUGGACUUCUGGCUUGCAAUGCAGAUGAAAACGACGAGGAUAGCGAUGACGAAGGAGUUCUGAGCGAAGGGGGGGGAAUUAAAAAAUAA